AUGAGAAACCACACAUUGGUGACAACAUUUAUACUUCUAGGAUUGACAGAAGACCCAAAGUGGCAAAUUGUAAUCUUCCCUUUCCUCUUGAUAGCAUAUCUGCUGAGCAUCAUUGGAAACCUUAUUAUUAUCCUCCUGACCCUGCUGAAUUCCCACCUCAAAACACCUAUGUAUUUCUUCCUUCAGAAGUUUUCCUUUUUAGAAAUCUUGCUGACAUCUACCUGCAUCCCUAGAUUCCUGGUCAGCAUAGUGACCAUGGAUAAAACUAUUUCCAUUGAGGCUUGUUUCACACAAUUAUUUGCUGCCUUCGUCUUUGGAAUAGCACAGUUUUUCUUGCUGGCUGUCAUGUCCUAUGAUCGCUACGUGGCCAUUUGUAAACCCCUUCAUUAUACAACCAUCAUGAACACCAGAGUCUGUACUUUGCUAUUUGGUACCUGCUGUUUAAUUGCUUUGAUGGCAAUCUUCCCUGGGGUCAUUGUAAGUCUGGAAAUUGAAUUUUGUGACAAUGUUAUUGAACACUUUUUCUGCGACUACUCUCCCAUCUUGAAGCUUUCCUGCAAUGAUACAAGGUUCAUGCAACUGAUAAAUUUCAUUUUUGCCAUCGUUAUUCUACUGAUUACCUUGGCUCUAGUACUGUGCUCUUAUGGAAAAAUCAUAAGCACAAUUCUGAGGUUCCCUUCCGCCCAGCAGAAAAAGAAAGCUUUCUCUACCUGUUCCUCCCACAUGAUUGUCAUCUCCAUCUCUUAUGGCAGCUGCAUUUUUAUGUAUAUCAAACCCUCUGCAGAAGAAAGGAUAGCUCUAAACAAGGGGAUUGCCAUACUUACUAUUUCCAUUGCACCAGUACUAAAUCCUUUCAUCUAUACCUUAAGAAAUCAGCAAGUCAAAGAAGCCCUGAAGGAUGUCAUUAAAAAAUGUACCUCAGCUGCAACCAAGAUGCCCCUCAACUGA